AUGAGAACAACCAACCAGAGCAAAGUAACUGAAUUUAUGAUAGUGGGAUUCCCAAAUCUUCAGGAAUUCCAUACCUUCUUCUUCAUACUGCUGCUGCUCAUCUACCUCUUCACUAUCUUUGGGAAUCUUGUAAUUUUCGCAAUCAUUAAACUAGAUGCUCAACUUCAUACUCCAAUGUACUUUUUCAUCUGCAUUUUAUCUUUUUUGGAAAUCUGGUAUACAGCAACUACUAUCCCCAAAAUGCUUUCAAACUUACUCAGUGGGAAGAAAAGCAUUUCUUUCACUGGAUGCCUCUUACAAAUGUACUUCUUCCAUUCUCUUGGAGCCACUGAAUGUUACCUACUUACAGCAAUGGCCUAUGAUAGAUAUUUAGCAAUCUGUAAACCAUUGCAUUAUCAUGCCAUCAUGAACACAAAAAUGUGUUUUCAGAUGAUUGCUGGAUGCUGGAUUUGUGGCUUCAUGUGUCCAGUUACUGAGGUGAUCUUGGUCUCCAAACUCCCUUUCUGUGGUCCCAGUAAAAUUCAACAUAUCUUUUGUGACUUCCCCCCGCUGUUGAGCUUGGCUUGCACAGAUACCAGCAUAAGCAUCCUGAUAGAUUUUGCAAUAAAUGCAUUUAUAAUACUGGUGACCUUUCUCCUUAUCAUGCUGUCUUAUGUCAAGAUUUUAAAAAACGUAGUAAAAAUACACACAGCAGAGGGAAGGGAAAAGGCCUUUUCCACUUGUGCCUCUCACUUGGUUGUGGUUCUGUUAUUUUUUGGGAGUAUUAUAUUUAUGUAUGUACGACUCAAGAAAAGUUAUUCCUUAGAUUAUGACAGACUAUUUGCUGUGAUUUAUUCUGUCUUGACUCCUCUAGUCAAUCCAAUCAUUUAUAGUCUGAGGAACAAAAACAUACUGAAUGCCAUAAAAAGGAAAAUUGCACACAAAAGAGUACAAUGCCAGUGUGCUGCCUUAAAUCUUAUGUGA